UGAGAAUUAGUGGCUUUAUAAUCAAUAAAUCACAUCCAAUAUAAUUUCUGUCACAUCACAAACACAGAUUAUGACGAAAUGUUUAAAUUACUCAACAACAUAUAUAUAAUCAAAUGUGAAUUUAACAAAAUUGUAGCAUUCUUCUUUUGCUUCAUAUUUAUUAACAUUAUUACUGUUUAUAUUACUUCUGCAUGAGAUUGUUAACACCGUCAUCACCUUCAUUAUAAUACGGUUAACAUAAUUACUGUGAUUGUUAACUAAUUAUGGAUUAUCUUAAACAGUUUUCAGAGAUCGAUAAAAAUCGAGAUGGGGUCAUAACAAGACGGGAUUUAUUCAAAUAUGCCUUAAGUAUUGGUGAAGAUAUGUCUAUGGUGGAUAGAUGGUUACAACUGUUCGAUACAAAUGAUAAAGGCGUGAUCACCAUAGAAGAUGUCAGUCGUACUCUGGGUGUUCCUCCGCCAAAAUUUUAUGAUGAACGACAUAAUCGACGGCUGAGUGGAAAAUUCGAUUCAACCAAUGACGUGUUCCGUCAAGCAGCAGCACAAUUUCGUUCAACUGAAGAUAUUACACGUCAUUCACAAUCCUCAUCAUCAGGAUCACCGGGCAGGCUAUCAAUGCAAAAACGUAGCUAUUCCUCUGACAAUGUCGUUUCAAAUCAUCACAGUCUAUUCUUUCAAAAUUACUGGGAGCCAGAUGACGAACCAUUGUUUGUUGAACAUUCAUAUGAAAAAUUGAAAGAAAAGCUAAGUCAACUAGUUAAAACAGCAGUUAAACGACAAAUUGAUUUUCAAACAAUACCACAGUUUAUAGCAUUAGCUUUAGAGAAAGAAUAUGGUCGAAACUGGCAAGUUAUUGUUGGUCCAUGUAAAAUUGGUUGUGCGGUAGCACACUUAGUAGGACGAUUCGCUAAUGCCCAGUGGGAAUCAUGUCAUGUGUUAGCCUUUCAAACAUUAGAUUUUUAAAGGCUAUUUUUAUUCAUUGAUAUGAUGAUUUAUUUUCCUCUCAUAAUAUGUAUCUUGUACUUAAGUUAGUGUACAAUUUUUAUUAUGUGGAAUAAAUAAAUAUUUUCUUUACAGUAUGAUG